AUGGUUGUCAAGAUGGUUGUCAAGAUGGUUGUCAAGAUGGUUGUCAAGAUGGUUGUCAAGAUGGUUGUCAAGAUGGUUGUCAAGAUGGUUGUCAAGAUGGUUGUCAAGAUGGUUGUCAAGAUGGUUGUCAAGAUGGUUGUCAAGAUGGUUGUCAAGAUGGUUGUCAAGAUGGUUGUCAAGAUGGUUGUCAAGAUGGUUGUCAAGAUGGUUGUCAAGAUGGUCGUUAUCAAAAUGUAUGGUGAAGAUUAA